CGAUUUGCAUUUGCAAUUUUAACAAAACAAAUAUAUUUCUUUGUAAAUGGACAAAAACAUUAACAAAUAGUGAUAGUGAACCAAACCUUACUGAUAAAAAUAUUUAUCGACAAAAUGAAUACGGCUUUGAAAGAGAUUUUUACUCGAAUGAAACCAGUUUGUGAUGUGAUGAUGGUAAACCCUUCCAAAGAAAAUGUAGCCGGUUAUAUCUCAAUUGUAAACGAACUGGGUGAUGAACACAUACAGGAAUUGCAACAAUACCUCCUUUAUCCACUCAUCACUCACAUCAGAUCAAGAGAGUUGAAAGGCAAGCAUGAACAACAAAAAAAUAUUGUUGAUGCGAUGACAGUUGUUCUGGAGAAGGUACACAUAAAUAACAUGGAGAUGUGUAUUAAAAUAUUAACUGGUUCCAUGCCUCUCAUUUUUGACAAAACUAGACCUGGAAUGAUUGCCGAUGUACCAGAAGAGUUAAAACUAAGUGCAAUGAAAUGUCUCACAGCAUUAAUGCUCGGAAUUGAUUACUCUCUCAGGAUCAAGCUAUUUAAAAAACAAGUUCCGCUUCUUGCGCAGAUAAUUUUUGUAUCUGUACAUAUGGCAAAACUUGAAAAGUUAAGGUCUCUCAGAUUAGCUGCAAUAAAAAACAUGACAGCGUUCACAGCUAUCCAUGACAAACUGACAGACAGUGCAUAUCAAAUAAAGGAUAGUAACAUUGAGUUUGUAGUGGUGGACAUGCUCUCAAGCAUAUUACCAGGUGUGCUCUCCGCUUUACAGGAUAUUGCAAUGGACACACAAAACCCGGGACAUGCUGUUGUAGUAUCUGCUUUAAACACAAGCCACCGUGUAAUAUGUGUAACAAUGAAUGACAAAUUGUUACCAAAGAGAACGAGUGUAACUGCCAAAGACUUUGCGGUCAUGAUCGCAGAGAAGACAAGUUGCAUAGACAAAGAUGUAAGCAAGGGUCUGAAGGACAUAGUCCGUCGUUCACCAGAGUGGUACACAAUGGCAGGGGAGAAGUUGUCCCUCGUGGUGCGCAGUCUGGUGCCGCUUAGUACACAUGAACACGUCAAAGUACGCAAAGAACUAGCCGUACUUUGCUCAAGGAUAUUAAAUGAAUGCAAUCAAUCAAUGAAGCCUUCGAUACCGAUAGUGUUAGAUGUAUUGCUGUCCCUGUCUAACGACAGCUACCCGCAAGUAGCGCAGUACUGCUCUCGCGUACUCAAGACGUACUUCACAGACUCGCCCAAGGAACAGAUUGUAGACACGCUGGAUACAUUGUGCGAGAACUUUCUUAAUGUACUCACUAAUUUGCCGAGAGUAUUGAAUAAUAUUAAUUCCAGUCGCAAGCUGGUGGGUCUAGACCUGGUAUACGGGUACAUGCGUGUGCUGGGCUACGGGCGCGGCGACCGGCUGACGUCAGCGCUGACGUCGCGCGGCGGCCUGCCCACACUUUGCGACGCGUUACGUCACGCCGCCGCAUUGCACACGCAGCGCGUCUCCCUCGCCACGCGCGUGUCGACCGACACUGACGUCACAGAGUUGAGCAGCAGUUCGACGUCCCCGUGGCUGGAGUUCCGUCACCUGGAGGAGGCGGAGUGCGUGUCGCGGCUGCGCGCGCUGUGCGGCGAGCUGGCGGGGGCGGAGUGCGCGCACCUCGUGCUGGACCACCUGCUGGACCUCUUCCAGCAGAGGGACUGCGAACUGGCCUACAUCAUCAAUUGUAUCGGCUCUGCUCCAAAGGCCUCGCCGUCGCUCGCCAAGCGGAUACUAGAUGUAUACCUGGAGGAGGACUUGUGGUAUCUUCCGCUGGAGCUGGAUGCAGAGGAGCCCGCCCUCAGCACAGAGGAUACCCUGGAUGUCAACGUGUAUAACCCUCGGGGAUGGAGCAAGGAUAGUGUACCAGGUUUAUUCGAGGGUGCGAUGGAGGUGCGGUACACCGGCAUCAGCUACCGGCAGGCGCGGGGUGCGCUGGGUGCGGGGUGCGGGGGGUGCCGCAGCGCCGCGCAGCUGCAGCGCCACCUGCUGCUCAGCUGCCUGCUCACCGCCGGCCUGGGCGAGCUGGCGGCGCGCCUGCAGGAACACUUCCAGCCCUACCUCAUGAAGACCAUCUGUCUACUGCUGGAGAGAGUAGGUAGUCGCUACGAGGUGCUGCACGCCGCGGGGCUGCAGGCGACGCUGGCCGUGGCCUCGGCCUGCGGGCACUCCGCCGCGGGGGACCUCAUCGCCGCCAACGGAGACUACAUCACCAGUCAGAUCACUAAUAAACUUAAAAAGGCGUGGAACAUCCAGUCAGCGUUGGAGAUAUUGUCUGUCGUGAUGAGAUACAGCGACACUUCCAUACUGGACUACCUCUACGGUAUCGUCGAUGACGUUCUCGUCCAAAGCUGCGAUAAAUAUCAUGAAAAAGAUCGCUACGCGUAUUUACAAGUAUUUUUAACUUUCAUCAAUUAUUUAAGAAAAUGGUUUUAUAUUGAAGAAGAAACAACCAUAGCAAAGGACACUGAAAUACCGAAUGUAUUGAAAGAUGUUGUAGAAUUUGCUAAGAAUCAGAAAGAAGUAGAGGAAAUGCUACACAAAGAGGAUAUAGACAAGAAGAGUGCGGAAGAGAUGUAUUUAGAAGAUGUAAAUAAAGAUGAGAAUGAAUUGGAUUAUGACGAUACUGUUACAAAAGAGAAAGAUCCCGUCCCCCGUCACAUAUCAGUGACAGUGUCCAUUCUGCGGCGUACUAUCAACUUCAUAACGUCCCCGCGGCGCGACGAGAGCGUGGUCGCGCUGCGCGUGCUGCGCUGCGGCAUGCUCCUGCUGCAGGACCACGAGGACCACCUGCUGCCGCUGGUCCACGCCGCGUGGUCUCCGCUCGUGGCCACCGUGGCGCACCCGCCGGUCGCCAUGGCGGCGCUAGACCUACUCGUUACCAUGGCAACGCUGUCGAAAGAUUUUAUAAGAAGCCGCGCCUCCAAAGAUGUACUCCCACACAUAUACAAAUACUUAAAAAGAAGCAGUACAGAGAGUUUACUAAAAGACGUGGGUUCGUUGUACCGGCUGAGCGCGGGCUACCGGCUGCAGGGCGCCGCGCUGGCCGCGCUGCCGCGCCUGCUGCUGCAGCUGGGCGUGGACGAGCCCGGGGUAGAGGCAGCCAUGGAUGCCGCCUUACCCUACCUCUCCAAGAACCAGCCGCUACCCCUGCAGGAACUGUCUGUGAGUUUCUUCCAACAAAUGUCAUUAAGUAACUACGGCGUGGUGUGGUACUACAUGCGCGUGGUGUGCGCCAACGAGCGCGUGCUGCCCGCGCCGCGUGACGUCACACUGCCCCUCUGUGACGUCACCGGCAACACCUACAAGUGCGCGCAUACCGACUACGAGAAGAAUAUCAAAUUGAUAUUCAAGAAACAUAAAAGUUAAAUUAAAUUUAGAGUCAGAUACCAAAUUCUUCUAGAUUGUCAAAUAGCAAUCCAACUUGUAAAACAUGUGAUGAAAAUAUCGGAUUUUGAUUUAUCUGACAGUGACGUCAUUUUUAAGCUAUCUGAGCCAUCA